CUUAGAUAAUAACCGCAUGUGAAAUGUGAAACAAAUGUCGCCUGCACAAAUCGGCUAAACUGCAAAUCCAAAUCGCAAAACAAAAUUAUAAGUGAAAUAAGUGGUGAAUCCGGACGGAAAUUAAUCUCAAAAACAAACAAAAUGAAACUCCUCACACACAAUAUGCUGUCAUCAAAAGCAAUGAAAGGAGUACAAGUUGGCUAUCCACUAGAAUUGCAUGCAACAGAUAUAAAAGUAACCGAGCUCGACUUCAACUCGGAGUUCAUCAGCCGCAUCAUUCCGAAACUCGACUGGCCUGUGCUGGUUAAAGCAGCUGGCGCCAUUGGCAAAGUCAAUGAGCUGCCAGCUGCAAUCACACAGGAUCUCGAGAAUGACACAGAAUUCCUCAAAAAAGUACAUCAUGUACUCUUAGAAGUAGAAGUCGUCAACGGCGAGUUGGUGUGUCCGGAAACGGGUAGGAAAUUUCCAAUCAGUAAUGGUAUACCAAACAUGUUACUUAAUGAAGAUGAAGUUUAAAAAAUAUGAAAAAAAAAAUGUACAGAA